AUGAAUACAGAGAGCACGACAUUUGAGACGGACGGUGUGCGCGUCGCCAUUGAAGGCUGCGGACAUGGGACACUCGACGCCAUCUACACCUCCGUCGCCAGGUCCAGCAAAGCGCGAGGAUGGGACGGCGUAGACCUUCUCAUCAUCGGGGGCGACUUCGAGGCCGUGCGCAACGCCGCAGACCUCUCCGUCAUGUCGGUGCCCUUGAAAUACAGGGAGCUCGGUGAUUUCUGGCAGUACUACAACGGCGAGAAGAAAGCGCCUUACCUCACUCUCUUCAUCGCGGGCAACCACGAGGCGAGCUCGUAUCUGUGGGAGCUGUACUACGGCGGCUGGGUCGCGCCGAACAUGUACUACCUCGGUGCUGCUAACGUCUUACGCUUUGGGCCGCUGCGGAUCGCCGGGAUGAGCGGGAUAUGGAAGGGCCACGACUACCGCAAGCCGCACCACGAACGGCUGCCUUUCAACCAAGACGAUAUCAAGAGCUUCUAUCACGUGCGCGAGAUCGAUGUGCGGAAAUUACUCCUGCUGAGGGAGCCCGUGGAUGUGGGAUUGAGCCACGACUGGCCGAGAGCCGUUGAGAACCACGGGAAUACUCGCGCGUUGUGGAGCAAGAAGCCCGACUUCAGACAGGAAAGCAUUGAUGGCGUACUGGGAAACCCGGCUGCCGAGUAUGUUAUGGACCGGCUACGACCAGCGUACUGGUUUUCCGCGCAUAUGCAUUGCAAAUUCACUGCUAUCAAAAAAUAUCAACCGCCUCAAGCUAAGCCAGGACAAGAUGGGGCUGGUGUUACAGAGGCGCCUGCGGAGUCUGACCAAGCCGCGGCAAAUCCAGAUGAGAUUGACCUCGACGCCGAAGACGACGAGGCACCUUCCAAAGACGCACCUAGCACAGAGCAACCAGAACCGACACCACAGCCAUCGUCGUCAACAGCAGUAGCAGAUUCCCUCCGCGCCCAACUCCCCGCAUCCUUCGCCGCGCCAAAGCCAAAGCUAAACCCAGGCCAGCCAGUACCGCCCAGCAUAACCAACACCACAACGCGCUUCCUCGCGCUCGACAAAUGUCUUCCAGGGCGGAAAUUCAUCCAACUCCUGUCCCUCACACCGUUGAACCCAGACCAUCUAACACAAUACCCACCCUCCUCGCCACCCCCAUCCCCAUCCGGGAAGUACCCCCUCUCCUACGACCCAGAAUGGCUCACCACAACACGCCCAUCCCGCCGCUACACCCUGUCCUACGAUCCCGAAUGGCUCGCCAUAACACGAGUCUUCAACCCACUCCUGACAAUCGGCGACCCGGCCGUUCCCACGCCGCCCGACCAAGGCGAAGCCGCGUACGCAGCGCAGAUAGACGCCGAACGAGCCUGGGUCGACGAACACGUCGUGCGCGCGGGCAAGUUGGUUAUCCCGGAGAACUUCGCGAUCACGGCGCCGCCGCAUUACAAGGGGAUGCCCGAGAGCACGCCCGAGCAGCCCGAGGAGUACACGAAUCCGCAGACGGGGGCGUUCUGCGAGCUCGUGGGCGUGAGGAAUUGGUGGGAUGCGAGUCCUGAGGAGCGCGCGGAGAGGAAAGCUAGGGGUCCGCCGCCGUCGGAGUUCCGUGGCGGUGAUGGCGCUGGUGGUGGUGGGAAUAGAGGACGGGGAGGUGGGCGUGGGCGUGGGCGUGGGCGUGGGCGAGGUGGAGGUGGAGGGCGUGGACGAGGAGGGCGAGGGAGGGGAAGGGGGAAGGGAUUCGGUGGUUGGCGGUGA